UGCCCCCCAGGUGGGAACGAGGAGCGCCGCCUCUUCGAGACCCUGUUCUCUGGCUACGACCCCAGCACCCGCCCAACCCGGAGACCCCAGGACCCAGUGACUGUAGAGCUGCAGCUCACACUGACCAACCUCAUCUCAUUGAAUGAGAAGGAGGAGACACUGACGACCAACAUCUGGAUCGAGAUUCAAUGGGUCGAUUACCGCCUGGAUUACAACAGCAGCGAUUUUGGGGGAAUUGAGUCCCUGAGGGUCCCAUCCACGCUGGUCUGGCUGCCAGACAUCGUCCUGGAGAACAAUAUCGACGGUGGGUUUGAGGUUGCCUACUACUGCAACGUGCUGAUAUACCCAGGCGGGUCUGUAUACUGGCUGCCUCCUGCCAUCUACCGCAGCUCCUGCCCGGUGGCCGUCACCUACUUCCCCUUUGACUGGCAGAACUGCUCCCUACUCUUCAAGUCGGGGACAUAUGGGGGCCACGAGGUUGACCUGCGGCUCUACACAGACACUGUGACAGGGGCUGUGGCUGACAGCAUCACGAUUGACCCUGCAGCCUUCACAGAGAAUGGGGAAUGGGCCAUCCGGCACCGGCCAGCACGCCGGGUUCAGGCAGGGGAGGCCCCGGCCGUGCUCUUCCUUCUCGUGAUCCAGCGCAAGCCACUCUUCUAUAUCAUCAACAUUGUCAUCCCCGUUGUGCUGCUCUCGGCCCUUGGCCUCCUCGUCUACUUCCUGCCUGCGCAAGCAGGGGGGCAGAAGUGCACGCUCUCCAUUUCGGUGCUGCUGGCACAGACAGUCUUCCUCUUCCUCAUCGCCCAGAAGGUGCCGGAGACCUCACUCAGCAUCCCCCUCCUGGGCCAGUACUUGAUGUUCGUGAUGGUGGUGACAACGUUGGUGGUGAUGAGCUGCGUCGUGGUGCUCAAUGUCUCCCUACGCACACCCAGCACCCCCAGCCUGGUUGGGCCCCUGCCUGUGCUGCUGGAGCUGUUGCCCCGAGUGCUGGGUGGGGAGGUGGCUGAGGGGCAGCAGGACCCAGGACCACCCCCCUAUCUGCUGGCAGCUGAGGAGGAGGCACUUAACACUCCUCGCAGUGAGGUCCUGUUCCGGCACUGGCACCUGGGCCCCUCCCUUGGGGGGCUGGAUCCGGCGCGGGAGCUGUGCAUCAGCCUGGCACAGGCAGCCCCAGCUAUCCGCGAGUGUGUUGCUGCCUGCAACUUUGUGUCGGCCACCAUCCAGGCCCAGAAUGAUGCGGACAAUGAGGCAGGGCGCUGGGUGCUGGUGGGGAAGGCGCUGGACACGCUCUGCUUCUGGGUUGCGCUGCUGCUCUUCGCCGCCGGCACCAUUGGCAUCUUCCUGGUGGGGCAGCUCAACCAGGUCCCUGACAAGCCCUUCGCCUAGGCCAGCCCAUAGGAGCUGGGAUUGGGACCGGCCCUUGUUCUCUGCUAGGACCCCGGUGCUCCUGGCCACAGGGGGGAGCCCUGUUAUACUCACCCAAGAUCUGGCCGCAUCCUGGGCCCAGCUGAACCCCCUGGCUGUGGUUGUCCAUUAAAGGAGUUGCUUCCACCCCACAAUGCAGGACUGGUUUGUGUGGACAAGUUGUGGCUGGCUCUGGGGUGAGGGGCUGAGUAUAACUGAGGGUCUGGGAUGCAAUGCCGGUGGCUGGGUGUAAUGGAGGGGGGCUGAGAUGUGGCUGGCUCCGAGGUGGGGCAGCAGAAGUGGGGUAUAAUGGGUAGUCUGGAUGCAUAUAAUAGUGAGGUCUGGGAUGUGACCCUCUCUGUAGUGUAACACUUGUGGUUGAGUGUAACAGAUGGGGGCUGAGA